AUAAUCCAGUAUGUCAUAAAAAUAUGACAGCUUUUGGCAUGAUAUUUUGAUUAGAGAAAAUAGUGAAAUUUGCAAUGAAUGUAACCCAACAUGCAAUAAAAUGGAUUAAAAAUGCGGGCACCUACCGGGCCUAUACCCUGAGUUGCCCGCCGCGCACGCCGCCCGGCCAGUGCGGCUGCGGCGGCCGUCAGCCCGCGCCCCCGAUGGACUGCCGCCCCACCAAGAUCGCACCCAAUCCCUGCUGCCCACGUUUCCAUGAAGGUCAAGGAACCUGGAAACCAUACAAGUACCUAUUCCUUCUCAUAUUGCCUGCAAUAAUCGCCCACACGUUAAAUUGCUUAGGGCAUUGUACACCACCUAAAGGAGAGUGCCGUGAAUACGAGUUCAUGCGUAGACGCACCAAAAGGUUUCCAUGGGGCGACGGUACUAAGACUUUUUUCCAUAACGACGAAGUUAACCACCUGCCGUCAGAAUGCACGCCCGCGCCGCUGGAGUGCGAUUGAAAUGUGCCGUCGUCGGGUGGUAGAUGACAGAAACGUGCGCCGCGAUAUCUUAAUAAUUGCCGUGCAGCCGCGAAGUCCCCUAAACCCGUCUCAAUCUUCAAAGUCUACAAAGUACCUAACGCUAUCUGAUACCU